GCCUUCGAGCGAGAACAAAACAAAUAGCAGGGCUUAUUAUAAAGGAAAAAACAAAGUGUAGAAACUUUAGCUGUUGUAUCGGUUACUUGAGCAGCCCGCCGCUCCGCCCGCCACUGAUUAGAUAAAGUUUUAGCGUGCGGGAGAGCCGGAGAACUCCGGACUCUCCCACGGGCUAUCAACUAUAAAAUACAUUUUUUGCUUGUUCAGUGCCAAGGCAAAAGCUAGUUGAAUUGGUAAUUGCUGGAAGGAAUCAUGUUGACCGAAUUCGCUGGAAAUCUUUCGCAUCCGCUGGAGUUUGGUCAUGUUCUGGAGGUCGUGGCCAAGACCAUUGAUGGAGCAGCCAGGUUCCACAUAAACCUCUGCACGGCCAAAAGCACGGUGGAUCCGAACGCGGAUAUUGGGCUACGCUUUUCUUGCUAUUUUCGGAAUGAUGUUAUCGUUAGGAAUUCCCGGGUGAACGGCGCCUGGGGCGAGGAGGAGACUCAAGUCCUGGACCCCAACACAUUGCCCAAUCCCAUCGUCAGUGGCGAGUUCUUUAUGGUAUACAUCCUGUGUUGCGAGGACAGCUUUGCCAUCUCGAUAAAUAGCCGGGAGUUCUGCAGAUUCCGCUACCGCAUGCCGUUGUCAGCGAUUCGUGCUCUGGAGAUCCGUGAUCAGAUCCAAGUCAUUAAACAGGUGGAUCAUCGCACUGUGUUUCCCAAUCCGUGGCCCGCCGUCCACGCCUCGGACUACUUUAAGGCGUUCAGUAACGAUCAGCCAAUUUUGUUUAGUCCGGGCCAUGUGAUCGUCCUUACAGCUCGGUGCUUCGAAAACAAAAAGGGACAGUUCAUUAUCAAGUUCAUGGACUCGGAUACCAAGCGCGAGGAGCUACACUUUAGUGUGCGCUUCGAUGAAAAGGCAGUAGUGCGCAACUCCAUGAACAAAACUUUUGAGUUCGGAAACGAGGAGCGUCAUGGAGGCUUUCCCUUCGUCUUUAAUCAGCAAUUUAAGCUGGCGCUCGCCUUUACGGAACGUGAGGUUCUCACCGCCGUGGAUGGUUAUAACUUUUUCAGCUACACCUGGCGCACACCAAAUGCCAUGAUGAAUCUAGUGGGCUUCAAGGUGACCAGCAUAAAUGGCCUGGUGGUGCAGAUAACCGGUGUGGAUCACCUGCAGACGGGGGAUCCUACAUGCGCUGGCUUCGAAAAAUAUUCCCGCCAUGAUUACGAGUGUGUUUAGUAACCAUUUUAACACAAUUAAUGAAGUCUGAAAAUACAAUUGCUAUCUUUAACUAUACGAAAAA